AUUUGUGCUGGCAGAAGAGGGGGGAGUGAUGGAGCGCGUUCCGCGCGGGGAGGCCUCUGGCGGGGCGGCCGUAUAGCGGGAUGGGCCGGGGAGGCCUAGGCUGCGGCUCUGGGGCGGCGCCCGAGUAGCGGGCCGCGGCGACUACGGGCCUGUGUUCGUGGCCGGCCAGCGGGGGUUGAUGAAGUGGUUGGUUGUGGCCGCCGGGGGCCGAGGCGCGGCGGGGUCAGUUCUCUUUAGUGUUUGCCGAUGUUGGAGGCGUCACCAAAGUGUCUCUGGGAACCAGUAAAAAAAAAAAAGAAUAAUGGCACAAGUCAAAACACAGACCACAACAAACCACUCUGGACCUGCUCUGACUACCCCAGCAACACCAGCCCCAUCCGUAAUGGCAACAAGUUCAGUAGGUCUUCAGCCCUCUGUGAAUGGAUCUGUUCCAGAGUUAGCUAUAGACUGUAAUAAUUCCACAACUGGUCUGGUGGAUUGUACCGGCUCACUGGUUCCUUUCCAAGAUAACAUGGCAAACCCCAAAGAGAAAACACCGAUGUGUCUGGUAAAUGAGUUAGCCCGUUUCAAUAGAAUCCAGCCUCUGUAUAAGCUUCUGAAUGAACAAGGACCUGCUCAUGCAAAGAUGUUCACAGUGCAGCUGACUCUUGGAGAGCAGUCAUGGGAAGCCGAAGGAAGCAGUAUUAAAAAGGCUCAUCAUUCUGCUGCUAGCAAAGCUCUGAGUGAAACUACUCUACCCAAGCCAACACCUAGACCACCCAAAAAUAAUGUUAAUAACAACCCAGGCAGUAUUACCCCGACAGUGGAAUUGAAUGGUCUUGCCAUGAAAAGGGGAGAGCCUGCCAUCUAUAGACCGUUAGAUCAAAAGCCAGUCCCCAACUACAGAGCAAAUUAUAACUUUCGAGGCAUGUACAAUCAGAGGUAUCACUGCCCAGUACCUAAAAUUUUCUAUGUCCAGUUGACUGUGGGUGAUCGAGAAUUUUUGGGUGAAGGGAAGACGCGCCAAGCUGCUAGACACAAUGCUGCAACGAAAGCACUUCAAGCUCUUCAGAAUGAGCCAAUUCCUAAAAAGUUAACUCAGAAUGGCGAGACCGGAAAAGAACUGGAAGAAGAAAAAGACGCAAACAAGUCAGAGAUCAGUGUAGUCUUUGAAAUUGCACUGAAACGCAACAUGCCUGUCAGUUUUGAAGUAAUAAAGGAAAGUGGGCCACCACAUAUGAAGAGCUUUGUUACUCGGGUAUCAGUGGGAGAGUUCUCAGCAGAAGGUGAAGGAAACAGCAAGAAGCUCUCAAAGAAGCGUGCUGCGAUAGCUGUCCUGCAAGAACUUCGGAAACUUUCCCCACUUCCUGUGGUUGAAAAGCCAAAACUUCACUUUAAAAAACGUCCCAGAACUAUAUUAAAGACUGGACCAGAGUAUGGUCAAGGAAUGAACCCCAUUAGCCGUCUAGCUCAGAUCCAACAAGCCAAAAGGGAGAAGGAGCCAGAAUACCUUCUUCUUUCAGAAAGAGGGAUGCCUCGUCGCCGGGAGUUUGUUAUGCAGGUCAAAGUAGGCAAUGAUGUUACCACUGGAACAGGCCCCAACAAGAAAAUAGCAAAAAGAAAUGCUGCUGAAGCCAUGUUAUUACAGCUUGGCUACCAGGCAUCUUUGCCGCUUCAAGAACAGGCAGAAAAGCCAAGAGAGAUUAAGGGGUGGAAUGGCCAAAAUGUUGGAUACCCUGAACCAACAAGUAACACGCCAAAGGGAAUUCUCCAUCUCUCUCCUGAUGUUUAUCAAGAGAUGGAAGCCAGCCGCAACAAAGCAUCCCCUGGUACCACUGUAAACUAUAUGUCAUCCAAGGAAAUGAGCCAAACUUCUAGUUGUUUCUUCAGCAUAUCUCCUGCCACUAAUAGUACAGCUACGAUUGCCAGGGAACUACUUAUGAAUGGAACAUCCCCAACUGCUGAAGCCAUAGGUCUAAAAGGAAUGUCACUUACUUCCCCUUGUUCUACAGUGCAGCCUUCAAAACAGCUGGAAUAUUUGGCAAGAAUCCAAGGCUUUCAGGUACAGUACAGCGACAGACAGAAUGGCAAAGAGUGCAUGACCUGUUUGACACUGUCUCCUUUGCAGAUGACUUUCCAUGGCAUCGGAAGCUCCACUGAAACCAGUCAUGACCAGGCAGCUUUAAGUGCCUUGAAACAGUUUUCAGAACAAGGCCUGGAUCCAGUGGAUGGAACUGCAAAGGUUGAAAAUGGAUCUCUUGAAAAACAAGUCAAGCAUCUGGGAGAAAAUGCAGACAAUAAGCAGACUAACUCAGGCACCAUUGCUCAGGACUGCAAGGAUUCAAAGGCUGUCGUCUAGGAGCCUCCCAGCACCCCUGGCUGCCACUGCAUCCUUAUAAACCUGUCAACACGCAAUAGGGUGUAUGUGUAGAAGGAAAUGAAUGACUAAUACCAUUAUUUGAGUCUUAUGUGAAGACAACACUAUUCUAACAGAAAAGUUGAUAUACAUGGUACUGUUUAUUGAAUAGAGGAGGGAGAUAACUUAAAUCUUUGCAUGUUUCCCUCCAAAAUUUGAGCAUCGAAUAAUUCAGACUAUUCCAGAGAUAGCAAAAUACUGACCAGGCCACUGGAGUUUUAAACAGCAAGUAAUUAACUAAGUCUGACGAGGUGGAGGGAAGUUAAGUUUACAGUUGAUUAAUACUCUGGAAGAAACAGAACUCAAUCCAAUGUGGACUUUUUAUUACUUUUUCGUAGCAUAGCCUAAGUUUAGCUUUCCUCUUUUUUAAAAAACAAAAUUAUGCUUGAAUAUUUGAAAAUUAACACAUGACAGUGCUGUGAGAGUUGUAGCUGUUGUCUUCAUAUAUAGUCAUACGGCUUCUCUUUUUAUGCCAACAUUAUGCAUUCUUCAUAUCCUUAUGGAAUACGUUAUGACUGUAAGAUGCACUACUCCAAGUUGUUUGCAAACUGAAACUUUAAAUCAUGACAAGUAUUUGCUUAGAUAUGAACGGAUGUUUUUAACUAUGUACUCCAAGAGAAAGCAGUGAUGGUAUUUGAUUUCCCU